UGUGUGGAGCGCUGCAUAAAAAAAAAUAUGAGCGGAACCGAGAGCUUAGUGGAAGCGGCGAUAAGGGUAUUGAACACAGCGGACCCGUUCGAGAAGGCUCGAGUCGGUGACUCGGUGGCGGCUCAGUGGCUGGGAGGGACCAUCACUCGUGCGUACGAUUCGUCCCUGGACCUCUCCGUGCCUGAUCGACCCUCCAGGCUCAGCAAUGUUAAGUUGGUGGCGCCGAGUUCGAUGCCGAAGAUUGGGAAAGGCGGGAGCUUACGGAGUAGGCAGGCCAUAGUUCAUAGCCUCACGCACACAGAGAGUUGGGCUAUCGACUUGUCUUGGGACAUAAUUGCUAGGUUCGGGAAGCAAGAGGCAAUGCCGAGAGAGUUCUUCACGGAUUUCGUGAAGGUGGCGCAGGACGAAGGUCGUCACUUCACUCUGCUGGCAUCUCGCCUGGAGGAGAUGGGUUCCUUCUAUGGAGCUUUUCCAGCCCAUGACGGCCUCUGGGACUCGGCAACUGCCACUUCCAAAGACCUAAUGGCGCGCCUUGCAAUCGAGCAUUGCGUCCACGAGGCAAGAGGACUCGACGUGCUCCCAACAACCAUCUCUCGAUUCCGCAGCGGAGGGGAUGACAAAACGGCUGAGUUGCUGGAGAGCGUGGUGUACCCGGAAGAAAUAACUCAUUGUGCUGCUGGUGUUAAGUGGUUCAAGUAUCUCUGCUUGAGGGUGGGGGAUAGCGGUUCGGAUCAACAGAGCCUGACGAACUUGGAGGCUGAUGAAGAAGCUGAAGUGAUUAAAAAGUUUCAUGGAACUGUGAGAAGGUAUUUUAGGGGGGUUUUGAAGCCUCCUUUCAAUGAAAAGGCGAGGGAAAUUGCUGGGUUUGGGUCUCAGUGGUAUGAGCCUCUUACUGUCAAGGAGCAGGAUACGCAGCAUGCAUGAGACCAUUGUUCGUUUUCUUGUUGAUCAAGAAAUGAGCUUAUUUUUUAAGCAGUAAUUGAUUUUCUUUAAUAUAUUUAAAUUAAUCAGAUUUAGCAGCU